AUGCCGUGUCUAAUCACUGUGAGUAACUUGGCUACGGGUGACUCGACGCAGACUGCACGCCAUUUCGACAAGAGCGUUCCAACCAGCGACAAUGACUGGUCCGAAAGCUCCCUCGGUCGAGCUCAUUUGGUCACCGAAGCAGCCGCCGAUACGGAGGAUCGAGAUCUGGUCGGCGACAAUAGCGAAGACAGUUCCGACUCGGACGAGGUGCCAGUAUCAGACUCGAGUACCACAUCUGCAGCAUCCACCACGAUGUUGGAGUCCAUGAAGGCGGCAUUCAAGCUCGGCAGCGUGCUCAAUGCGACGAGCACGAUUACACCAACUUAUACAAACUGGGUGGGAAAUGCACUUAACUCGUCGACCUCCUCGGGGUGCUGGCGCCGAGCUCACAUUGCAAAGACGUGUCCCCACGGGUACGAAAGCAAGCUUGGAACGUGCUGGAUGCGGUGUCCGUAUUCAUACCCUGUCGAGUGUGGACUCGAAUGUCUUCGGCAGAACGACCAGUGUGCACUUGCCCUCUUUUCCAAGGUCGCAGCUGUGGUUCAGACGUCAAUGGGGCUCUCGUCGUGGAGCGUGUACGGCAACAUGGCGAAAUGGUCAAAGGGGUUCAAGCAUGCCUUCAGAUGCACCAAGUACAUGAUCAGUCUCACCAAGUCGCUGGUCAAGUUCAUACGGUACUGGAGAGUAAGUGCUCCAGAAACGACAAACGAAGAGAUCCUACAAGUCAUGUACCAGAUCGACAACGUCAUCAUCGAUAUCCCUGUAACUAUCGCGUACUGCAGGGGAGGCAAAGUGUCCGAUGGCGUCAAGUUUGCUGACAGUCUACUCACGACGGUCGAGUAUUUGCUGCGUGAAGUUCUCUACUACGGAACUGAGCUUAUCACGAACUGGGACACCUUUGCAGGUUUGAUGAAGAACAUCACACUCGGGGACUCCAUUGCCUCUCUGAACAAGACGGACAUCUCGUCCCUCAAGUCGGCGCUCAAGUCCAGCUCAACGUGUGGCUACGACAUGAAGCGUCUUCUCGAUCGGACGUGGAUGACCGUGGCAGAACUGCGUCGCCUGAAUCCUGAAAUAUCAAAGGACGACAUUCGCGUGAUCAUGAGCGAGUCAAAUCUCGUACUGAACGAUAUUCCUAUCGCGACGAAUAACUGCAUGGUCGAACUGCUGGCAGAAACGUUCGGCGUCAUCGUGGAAGACUUAACCGAGUCGGGAACGAGUCGCAACGGUACUUAUCUCACCGCUACGGAGUACGCAGUAUUCAUUGCCGAUCGAGCUAUCGCGUUCUGGUCGAUUUGGGAUCCAUUUUAUCUGUCAUCCAUAAUUUCCGAGUACUUCGAGCCGUUGUGUAGUCCGACGGAGUUCAUCGGGGAGAUCGAUGAUGGCGAUGUGACUAUGGCACUAGGCAUGUCAAUUGUCCAAGACGUUUUUAGGAAUAGUGACGGCUUGUGGACUAAGGUCGGCGACGGUUCCAUCACUAUUACGUUCAAGAGCGUUGACAUCGAAGAUGUGACGGUCAAUAUCAAGUCUGGAGGCGACAAGAUCGACGAAGUUGAUGUGCCAGCAGGUGAGACUGUAACGUGGCAGUCGAAUGUUGCUGCAUUGGGAGGGAAGACAUUGUACUUGAAUCGCUGGCGUCCAGGAUUUCUCGGUAUUCCCGCCACUGCAGGCGGGUCGAUGCUUUUGUGGAUUCCCCGAUCAACUCAGGGCGGUAGUCUGCAACUUACUGCGAUGCUGAAUAAGAGCUGA